AUGCCUCCACCAGAAGCUUCCCAGGCCUUGGUACCAGCUGUGGCGCAAACAACUGUAGACAAUGCAGGGUUAGGACAUGUGAACAAAACUUUAGAUUCAUGUAAAACACGUACACUCCAAACACCAUGCAGGCGGCCAUGGCCAAAGGUGGACUUGACUGGUGAGUCUUGGAGCGCUGAAGCUUUGGCGAAGUGUCCCCUAGCAAAGAACUUCAAAUGUCCCAAGAUGGUCUUGGAUCCCAAGUACAGGUUGCCAGCAGAACCUGGUUACAUGCAGAAUGAAGAUCUUGGCUGUGAGAUUCCUAAGUAUGAAGAGCAAGGUCAGCCCCGUGGAAGGAAACCCGUGGCAGCAAAGGGUCAGAAAGGCAAAGGUCGAAAGUCCAAGGCAGGCAAAGUCAAAGCAGCCAAGACCAGCAAGAAAACUGACAAGAAAAUCAAUAAGAACGGAACAAUCCUGGUAAAGAAGCGAAACCUGAAGAAGAAAAUGGCAAGGGUCAAGCGGGCAUGUUCGGGACAAGAUCUCGCUUCCCAGUCACCUGCAGCGGGCAGCACUGAGCAGCCAAAGCCGACGAAACGUAGCAACAAGCGCAGAAAGGUGUCCCAGAAGGCCCCACUCCCUGACCAGGGUGCCUCCAGCACCAACCAGAAAAUUCCCGAGGAAGUCCCAGAGGUUGGUUCUGUGAACGGUGAAGCUGGUGAAGAGUUUUCCUUCACAAUUCCCGAUGAUGCUAUAAUGGCCCCCCCUACGGCAAAGGGCAAUUCCCUGUAUAGUUCGGCUUACAGGAGAGUUUCAGAAAAUGAUGUUGAGCUUCGCAAGAAGCAUGGCAAGUGGGCAUCUUGGCUUUUCAGGGAGCACAACAUGAUCUCGCCGUCUCUUUCCGGAGUGCCUCGGCAGCGCAAGAAGCGCGAAGCGAAGGAUGGUGAGGGUGAGGAUGAUGAGAAGAAGUUGAACAAGAAACUCUUUGCCAAGAGCGACAGCACCAUCCAGUAUCAGAAGGGCACUAAGAAACGAUUUCAGGGCGCAAAGGACAAACUCCGUGAGACGCAAGUGUACCCACCAGCUUUUGGACGGGAGGUCUGCAAGUUGUUCACGAAGAAAGCAAAGAUGCCUGAUCGACAGCAACUGAUCGACGGCUCGCCCGAUAUGCGAUUGGCAGUGGGCGUAAGCUUCCUGCUGACGGUGGUGGGCAGGGAGCUGCAAAGGCUGAAGAGGGGCCACCUCUCCGCUUUCAUGUUCCUAAUGGACAAGAAGUUAAUGAGUUCUUUCAGCGAUGGCCCGGAUGGGUGCCCUGCUCCAGAAGAACGGGCUGACUCCCCAGCGACCACUUUAGCAGCAGGUGCUAGCAAUGAGGAUCUGUCUGAUUCGGCGCCAUCCACAGUUGGUUGGCCUGAAGCGAUGGGUAUCACUCGGGAGCAUGAUUCACGCCUCUCGUUGAAUGAGUUGGUCAAUCUCACCUGCAGUAUUUUCCCGCUCUACUACGGCAAGCACAUUGCCCUGGAUUCCAUCGCCAGAGCGAAGCCACGCCCAACAACAAAAGCUCAUGUGGCCAUGCCAGUUCCACCCGUUCCAGCCAAAGAAGAAUGGACACCGCCUGACCCAUCAACACGCAGGGUUCCUCAGCUGUGCCCUUUGGAGCGCCCCACCACACCUUUGCGCUGUGCAUCACCCAAAGCAAAACGGGUUCCCAUCUUCAAAAGCCCACCGCCCCCUGCUGCAGCGAAAACCCACGUACAUGCAGCGCCGCCCCAAGCAAAACAACCUGAGCCCAAACCACCACAGCCAUGCCCAGCCAAAGCAGUUGUACCAACACCACCACCGCCACCACCCUACAAGAAAGAAGAGGGAACACCCCCAUCUGCAGCCCGUGCAAAGGCUGAUGCCGUUGCACCUCCACCUGCCCCUGUGGGGAAAGCUUUGGCUCCGCCACCGGCAAGACUGUCGAACGAAGCCGAAGAUUCGGCUUCCACAGCCAAAGCUGCCAGCGCCCUCAUCCCCCCCAAGCAACCCCCAGCUCCCAAAGCAAGCGUUGCAAGCCCCCCUUCUUUUGAAGACUUGGUAGCGUUCGAGAAAAAACUUUUGGACGAGAUGGAAAACAAGAGUGAUGCAGAGAUUGAAGUCAAAAUCAAAGAGGCCCACAACCAUGUUCAGUUCAACGCUUACAUGAAACACAUGAAGAAGGAGUUCGAGUUAGAGGAAAAGGAUUGGUGCACCUAUGAGCCUCGUGAGGAACUGGUGGGUUUUUACGUUUGGUUAGAAGAAUACAAAGCAGUGUUGACACCGUGCAAUGUCGCCACACCCCAAAACAAUCAUGUGGUUCCAGCCGUUCCAGCACCGCCUCCCUUGGCACAAAAAACAACUUGCACCCCCCUCCCAGCAGCCCCGAAAGCCACAGCAUCCAAGGCAUCAUCGCCUCAACCCAAGACAACAGCAUCAGCAUCAACGGCAUCCCUCACGGCCAGCGCGACACCGCCAGAGCCAGCACCCGUGCGAGCCAAAGCAGUUGCAUCAGCACCCGAGCACUCUCCCACAACACCUCAAAGUCCUGCUGAUCGUGUACAUGUAGAAUCAACUGACAAGGCUGAUGUCCUAAGGAGGAUGAAAAAUCCCGAAGCCCAUUGCAUUCCGGAUGAUUUCGUCACACUUUGGAAAGAUGCUGUGACGAACAAUGCGAAGGCUAGCUUUGUGUGCAUAGAAAUUGGAAAGAAGGAAGAGGAGGAAGUGGCAGAUCAUUUCAAGUAUGGCAGUUCUGCAAAUAUCAACAAUGGUGGUGAGGCCGCCCUGAAGUUGACCGCUGGCUUGGACCACUCCCAGGUCCUUAGGCCAAGUGGCCGGCUGGAGCGUCCGGCCUCGUACCGCAAGCCCACUCCUGAAGUGGAUGUCGGGAAUGGGAGAGUGCCCAGGGCCAAAGCCAAACCCAAAGCAGGAAACAGGAUGCCUGACUACAAUGAGAUGCCGAUUGCCGCUACCCAUUGGUUGGUGGACCAACUUCUGAAGGAUUUGCAGACCGCAAAGGUGCUUCCCAUUAAGAUGGCCAAUAUGAAACAUCAGGAUGCAGAAUCUCAUGCAUUCCCUGACCUUGGGACUUGGCUGGGUAUUGCUGUGAAUCUUCGUGCGGCGUAUUUGGAAUCAGCUGCGAUGGCACACCAACUUUGCAAACCGAAAGGAUUGCUACGCCAUGAGGAACAUCGACAUCGGGAUGACAAACGUCCACGCCGUGACCAGGACAAUGCAGUUCAGAGGACUGCAUCUUCAGCACUGCGCUGGCUGCACAAGCACGGUGGCAGCACAACCAAAACGGACAUGGUUGCUAGAAUUUCUGCUGUUGGCGCCGGAGGCCUUCAUCAGAACAAUGCUGAGCGUGAUCUUCAUCGGCUUCUGCAAAGAGUGUCGCUGUCCCUUGCUGCAAAGCAUGAAACCGUUCAGGUUCGGAUGGUGAACCCGUCGACCCUGGAGAUUGGUUGGGAACCGUUGCCGGUGCUGUUUCCCGAUGCUUUGAUCGAGGCUUUUUGGGAAGCUGGUGAGGAUGUUUUCCGAUAUUGCCUUUUCGGCAUGAAGACCGAAGAUGAGAUACGUCAGAUUUGGAAGCACAUGAAGAAGCAUUGCCAGUGGGUUUCAACACACCCAGCGUCUGGUUGGAAGUGGCAGGGGAAGGUGGCAAGCCUUGGAAUGUAUGGAGACGAGAUCCAAUGCUACAGAAACAGUGAGUGUGGGGUGGUCAGUGUGACGGCCUGGACAUCAGAGUUUUGCACUGACAACAUUCCUCUUCUGAGAUACUACCCGAUCGCUAUUUGGUCAGAGCACUGCGAGUCCGAGUUUACGUAUGGAGACCUGGAACAACACUUGCUCCCACGAUGGCGCCGAUUGUCUGACACAUCCGAGACUUGGCCUUGGACGGAUGCUGGAUAUCUGAUGGCCUACACUUUCUGCCAGGGCGACCUGAAAUGGAUAAAUUCCCGCAUGGGUGGUUUACAUAACUAUAGGCGCAACGACUUUUGCAGCCGUUGUGAAUGUGUGAAGAAUGAUCCAAACCCAGCGUUGACCUUGCCGAACAUGGGUGAUGAUCCAGACACACACGCAGUUCGCACCUACUCUUCAGAGCAACUGCAAGCCUUUUCCCCGCUCCUGGGGCUCCCUGGAAUGUGCCUCAGCCGCGUGAUGCACGAUGUGGCACACAGAGCCGCUUUGAUUUACAUGGCUGAAGCGGGCUACUGGGGGCCAAUGAUGUACCGUGCUGGAAAGUACGAAGACCGUCUUGCGCCAACUGAACCGAAAGCUCCAGACCAGCCCUUUAGCUUGUGGGCAAACUUUUUUGUAGUCUUGGAACUGUUCCCGAAGCUCAAAGAAGGCCACAGUAGGAGGACUGCAAGAGACAUCCACCUUUUUUUUUGGGAAAGUAAAUGCCCAUCUGCGGGUUUUGAUGGGGCCUGGUUUUUGCUGGUUUGCUUUGUAUGGCUGAGGUUUCCCUGCGCUGCAAUCGAAAGCUGUGGCGAGCAAAGUGAUCACUUGUUGGCUUAG